AACAUCUGUCAUUGGCAAAAUUAUCAGUAUGUAAUAGUAGAAAGCAAAAUGCGCGUACGGAGCAACCAUGCCGACGGGUUGACAUGGUUGUCGGUUACAAGAAGGAGGAAACACUCACACCUAACCAGAAGCUUAUUGCAGGCGUAGUGUCUGGAAUCACCACCAGGUUCAUAACCCAACCCCUGGACAUAGUGAAGGUGCGUACGCAGCUGCAAGCUAAAGACAAGUCGGCGACAUGGAUAGGGCUCUCGUGGCGGAUCCUCAAGGAGGAGGGCAUCACCACCUUCUGGCACGGACACAGUCUCGGACAGCUACACUCCAUCAUGUCCGUAGCGUCGCAAUUCCACGCUUAUGAAAUAAGUACCAAGUUCGUCGAGAACUAUGCCAGCCAGUACACCAGUCCCCAGUUCAAGAAGGUCCUGCUGUUCAUGUGCGGCAUAUUCGCGGGGUGCGCGAGCGCCACGCUGGUGUCGCCUAUUGAAGUGAUCCGCGUCCGGCAGAUGGUUGUCAAGGCACAAUAUGGUGGAGUUUUCCAAGGAGCGCGCGAAGUGUACCGGAGGGGCGGUAUACUGGCCUUCUACGAGGGUCUGACCGCUUCGCUCAUGCAGAUGGGCCCACAAGUGGGCAUAACGUUCGCUGUGUUCCGUUUCGUGCAGCCCCUUGUCAUGUCCUACGUGGCCUAUUGGGAGAACCCCGAGCAGACGGAUGCUGAGAAGAAGGCGACAAAGACAAAGCAGCUUCUGGUCUCAUCCAGUAUCGCCGGCUCGACUGCCGGCUUCGUGUCUAAAACGGCGACCUACCCGUUCGAUCUGGCCAAGCGAAGGCUUCAGAUAGCAGUAGAGCCACAAACCAGACCCCAAUGUGAAGACACCGGCGAUGACACAAAACCUCGUCAGGUGCAAGACGCUGAUGAGCUGUCUAUUGGACAUGAUCCGCAAGGAGGGCGUCUCGGGCCUUUACGCCGGUUGGGACGUGUCCAACUACAAGGCGCAGGUGCACACCGUGGCCGCGUUCACGACUUACGAGAUGGCGUGCUACGCGCAGCGCGAGUACAAUCGCGCUAUCUAGUGUUGGUGAUCUAUAGUCUUUGGAGGACUCGAGUAUUGCUUGUACUGCGGACGAAUCAUACAAUGCCACAGGAAAAGAUUCAUCAAAUACAAACGAGGACGUGUAUCGUGUAGACGGAAAGUGCAAAAGAGGAAAAGGGUACCCAAUCGGCGUUUACUGCACAAACUAAGGAUCGAAGAAACGGGAGGUGACACCAGAAAUAUUAUACGAAAGUCUCCAAAGGCUUACAGAAUGGCGGGAGGCAGUUUCCUUCAAGGAGAUCUUGGAUUAUAUAAAGUUAUUAUGUUCCAGGACAAUUACCCGGUUACUCCGAACAUGUCGGAGUUAAAGCGUGAACUGUAUCAAAAACUGGUCAUAGCGCACAAAGCAGGUUUGGUUUGCGUGGACGAGCGGGGACUGUUUCGUCUCAC